AUGCCACCACGAACAAAAGCCUACCUCAACUCCCUCUCCAUCCCCUCCCCCGCCCUCCUCUCCGCCCUCAAAAAGGACCCUCGCUUCACUAACCCCCCCAAUCUCUCCAGUCUCUCAUAUCAAGACCUCCGCGCCCAUCGCGCCGCUAUCUUGAGAGAGAAAUGGCCGUUGAGAUAUCUCCCCGGUCCGAUCCCCGAGGUUCUCGAGAGAGAUCUUCGUAUUCCCGUACGUAACGGGGCGGAAAUCACAAUUCGCAUCUACACUCCCGUAAAUACAAAACCAGGAGGUGAGGACGAGUCGAGGCCCUUAAUAGUCAUGUUCCACGAAGGUGGCUGGGGCAUGGGCGACCUCAGCGACGAAGAAGUCAACUGUCGACUGUUUAGUAGAGAUUUGGGCGCCGUAUGCGUGAAUGUCGAGUACAGACUUGCGCCUGAAUAUCCGUUCCCCACGUGGAUUGAGGAUGCGUGGGAUGCGCUUGUGUGGUGUGCGGAGCAUACGCUGGAACUGGGGGUGGAGUUGGAGAAGGGGUUUGUGGUUGGGGGAGGGUCGGCGGGGGGGAAUAUUGCUGCUGUGUUGGCGGUUAGGGCGAGGGAUCGGGGGGUGGGUUGGAAGUUGAGUGGGCAGUACCUCUGCGUCCCAGCAAUAACCUGCUUCCUCCCACCCUCCCACAUCCCCUCCAAAUACCGCAACGAAUACCUCUCCCACCCCCUCGUCACCCCCUCCUCCGACCCAAUCCUCAAACUCAUCCCUCAUCUCGGCCCCCUCUUCACACCCCUCACCCUCUUCUUCCGCGCCCUCCUCUAUCCCCUCCCGCUCUCCCUCCUCGUCCCCAUCUACCGCCGUCUCGGGUUCCACGCUCCCAUCUCGUCUCCUCUCUUCGUGCCCUUCCUGAACCACUCCACCGAGCAGGGAUUCAAAGGGCUUCCACCAGCGUAUUUCCAGGUCUGUGGACUUGAUCCCUUAAGAGAUGAGGGUUUGAUCUAUGAGCGCAUCUUGAGGGAGGAAAGUGGUGUGGAGACGCGUCUGGAUGUUUAUCCGGGCGUGGGCCAUUAUUUCUGGACGAAUUUCCCUGAGAUGGAGGGGAGUAGGGCGUUUGUGGAGGAUUCGGUUAGAGGGGUGGGGUGGUUGUUGGGGAGGAAGUGA